CGAGCACGAAGAGAUGGUGACGGUCAACGGACUUUGUUACUGCACACCACACCGCCUCGAGUGCUGUGGCGCCUGCUUCACGUCCCACAACAUGACGAAUCGGCUCGCAGAGCUGGGGUACGCCAGCGCCGAUGAGCCAGAGAGCCGCCGGAUGAUGCGGCAGGCGGAGCGGCUGUGCGAGGCCGAGGCGGCCAAGAACCAGCCUCCCCGCCGCGCCCCACCGAAACCCGGCCAGGCGAAUCCGCCGAAGCCAGACAAGGUUGAUCGGUCGCAGCGCAUCGCCGAGGGCUUGGACCCCUCGCGCCUGCCGAAGUGGACCGGAGACCUCGCAGGCGCUUUCCACGCGGCCUUCUCCUUGGACGAGGUCGUGGCCUCGCAUGCCAACCCUCCGGCAGCGGGCAGCGACUUGUCGUUCGAGGUCCGCACGACGUUGCACUGCAUCGCCCAGAGGUGCGAGGAGCCGGCGGCUCGGCGUCAAAUCGGGUGUCCCGAGCCUGGACGGGGCCGUGAGACGACGCGCUUUGUGAUCCAGGACGAGUCGCAGUCGACCAACAUCGCGAUCGAUUGCAUCGAUGUGGUCGAAGCCGAGGCCGACGACGCCGUCUCAAUGGACCGGCGGAAGCCGGUUCUCGUAGUGCGGUGGCUGUACGGUUCAGCCUCCAACCUGCGGGCCUCACUCCAGGCCAUGCAAGCCAUUCUCCUUCCAGGGAUGCAGUUCGACAGCUUCAACACGGACGAGCGGGAGGUUGCGGUGUUCAAGCAGAUGCUCGAGGCGAACGCGAAGCUGCUCGACGAAAACUACGUCGCCCGUGCGUCGCGUGGCUUGCCCAGCGGCUGGCGCAUCAGCGCCUUGCAGCCGAUCAUGUCCCUCCGCAGCGGGGAGACGAGCGCCUGCCCGGUAUGCGGCAAGAGCGCGCUGCUGACGUGCUCGCGCUGCAAAAAGCAAGCCUAUUGCUCGAAGGAGUGCCAGCGCUCGGACUGGAAGCAGCACAAGAAGACGUGCAAGGCACCAGAGGCGGCAACCGACGCGGACAUCAUUGAUGUGGAUCUGCGCAUCGACCCGGACACCGGCUUGCACGGCUUCUGCAUGGGCGCUGAGUCGGCAACCUCGGCAAUGUCGCGAUGUAGGCGGACGGAGCGAACAGGCAUGGCGGGCAGCCAUCUACUCGAAGACAAGGUGUACGUCGUGAAGGUGCAGACGCCGCCACACGAGGGUCCGCUGCUCUGCUACGACGCGACACGCCAGUUCCAGCUGUACAUCACAGACGAGGCGUGCGCGGAGAAGCGGCGGCUGACUGAGCUCAUCCGAGCCAAGGGCGUGUCCGGCAAGGUUGCUAUGGGCGGGUCUCGCAAGGCGUACUUCAACGCCUACCGCACAGGGUCGACGAUGAAGCUGCUCAUUCACGAGCUGCUGCCGCUGCAGGCAUGGUGACCUUGGGGCUUGGGGCUUGGGGCCGCGCGUGAGUGCGGAGCGGCGGUUGGUCUUGCUGGGGGUGUGUCAGUCUCGGCGAUGCUGUGAGUGGCUCCGAACGUGUGUAACUUUGUAAUGGAACUUAUAGAG